AUGGUGUCAGCUGUAGCUACUACUUCUAGAGAUGCUGUGACGCAUACACAUUUAGAGAAGUCAUCGACAAGUAAUGUCAUCUUAGCUACACCGCUAGUUCUAAUACAGGAUGCAUCUGGAUGCUAUCAAUUGGGUAGGGCGUUACUAGAUUCGUGUUCACAGGUGAACUUCAUCACUAAUGAUUUCGCUCAAAAACUUCGCAUACCCAUGGCCAAGCAUAAUAUUGAAAUUAACAGCAUCGGAAAUUCAUCGACAAGAAUUACAUCAAAGGUAUCAACUACUAUCAAAUCUCGAUUCACGGCUUUUCAACUUCCAUUGACAUUCUGUAUAACAUCACAUAUUGCGUAUCAACCAGAUUCUGAAAUAAACAUCUCAACUUGGUACGUACCACCAAAUAUUAACCUUGCUGACGAACAAUUUUACAAAUCAACCCGUAUUGAUUUACUGCUUGGCACUGAAAGCUUUUUUAGUGUCCUGUCAGUAGGCCAGAUUAAACUUGGAUUAGGAUUACCAACGUUACAGAAAACUAUUUUGGGCUGGAUUGUUUCAGGUAGAUAUGAUGUUUCACAAUGCGUUAAUAAUUCAACUUGUCUCCUUUCAUCAAUUGACUCUGUCGAGGAAAAGUUAGAACGUUUAUGGAAGCUAGAAGAAGUCUCGAUCACUCCACAUGCUUGGACUAGUGAACAACAAGUUUGUGAUCAUUUGUUUUCAGAAACAGUAUGCAGAACAAAUGCAGGUAGAGUUAUGGUAAGGUUGCCAUUUAAGGAUAGUCCUCAGUGUUUAGGCAGUUCAUACGGUACAGCGUUGCGCAGAUUUAUUGUACAAGAAAAUCGAUUGUCACGGUCGCCUGAGCUCAAAACGCAAUAUGUUGCCUUUAUGGAAGAAUAUCAAAACCUUGGUCACAUGAUUGAGGUAAAAGAUCCAAAUAUUGAUGAACCUCAUUAUUACAUUCCGCAUCAUUGCGUAUUGAAGCCAACCAGCACCUCGACGAAAUUAAGAGUCGUAUUCGACGCAUCAUGUCGAACCUCUUCUCAGAAAUCUCUCAAUGAUAUUUUGAUGAUUGGACCUACUCUGCAAACUGAAUUGGUCAUCCUCUUGUUACGUUUUCGCUUAUUUCGAUUCGCUCUUACUGCUGACAUAGUGAAGAUGUAUAGGCAAAUUCUGAUUGAUCCUGAAAAUAGAAAAUUUCAGUACAUUCUUUGGAGAAGUUCACCAUCUACCAAUAUUCGUACUUUCCAGCUCAACACAGUUACAUAUGGAACAGCUGCUGCACCGUACCUUGCCAUUCGUUGCCUAUUGUAUAUAGCGCAUCAAUAUGUGAAUCAAUUCAAGAUUGCAGCUGAAGUAAUCAAAUCUUCGUUUUAUGUUGAUGACUUAUUGCAUGGUGCAGAUUCUCUUUCUGAGUUACAUCAAAUAAAAUACGAAUUGGAAGAGCUUCUAAAACAGGGAGGUUUCGAAUUAGCUAAAUGGCACUCAAAUCAUCAAGCUUUUAGAGAUGACACUACUAUCAAAGAUCUCAAUAUAGGUUCGGAUGUUAUUACCAGCACAUUGGGACUCCGCAUCGCAAAAAGAACUAUUUUAUCAAUUGCGUCGUCACUAUUCGACCCAUUAGGACUAUUAGCUCCAAUAACCAUAUCAACUAAAAUAUUAUUGCAAGAGCUAUGGCUGCUUAAAUUGGAUUGGGACGAAUCCAUUCCUCAAAAUUUACAUUCAGCAUGGGAAAGGCUUUGUCACGAUUUGUCAUCAUUGAACACCAUUACCAUUCCAAGGUACUGUCUAAAACCAAAAGCAAAAGCAAUUCAGCUCCAUGGGUUCUGCGAUGCAUCGAUUCGCGCAUAUGGUUGCCGCAGUUACAUUCGCGUCACAGAUGAUUCCAACCUCAUAGAGGUUCAACUAUAA